UUUAGUAUAGAAUGAAUACACAUCUAGUUUCUUCGUUAGACAUAAUUCGUGCUGUUAAACCACAUUCUUUUCUCUACGAUCGACAUAUUAAGAGUUCAAUUAGAGAUAAAGCUGAUAAAUGGGCUGAAUUAGGCGAACAACUCGGUAUUUCAGGUCACCAAAUGCAAACAAGGUGGAAAUCAAUCAAAGACAAAUAUACUCUCCUUAAAAGAAGAGCCGAAGCUUAUCCCGGAACUAAUCUUGGUAGACAAAUUGAAUUCUAUAAAAAUGCAGAUGCUCUUACUUUCUUAGAUGAAACUAUACCACCAUACACUGGCUUACCUCCGAAAAACAGGUGCUACAAAUACGUGGGAAUGAAUAAGUCCUGGGAAAAAGCGCAUACGCUGCUAGUUAUAAAACAGCUAUCAAAAUUUCCAUUACUCUACGACAAAUCUCACCCACAUUACAAUCACUGUCUACAAAGGAUGGCAGCAUAUCGAAAAAUAACUGAAGUAGUUAAACGUUACUGUCCAGAAGUCACUCCAGAGAUGAUAUCGAAGAAAAUUCGAACAAUUAGAACUCAGUUUGCCAAAGAGAAACGUGAUCAAAGAAAAAUAAAGCCCGGAACUUCGUAUAUUCCAAAGCUAUGGUUUUACAAUAGACUGAAAUUUCUAGAUGAAACACAAGCCUACGACCCGGCAAAUGUAAGUGCUAAUGAUGCAACAGACACGUUUGAUGAAUUCGAUGAACGAUUCAGUGGCGGUGGUGAUGGUGGUAGAGGAGUAGAGAGUGUUGAUGAUGAAGAUGAUGACGGCGGCGGCGAUAAGGAUCCUGAGGAAGUAGACGAUGAAGAUGAUGAAGAAUAUAAUGAUGCCGAAGAAUGGAUAUCUUCGAAAGAAUCUACAAGACCUUUCGAACAAGUAGAAUUGUUGUAUGAUGACGAGGAAAAUAUAGAAGCUGAAGGUUUUGAAGGAGAAAUCGAAGAAGUAUUCGACACAAAACAUUCGAUAAAAAGGAUAGAACCAUGUGAAGACAAUCGAAACCAAACCCGAGAAGAUUUGUAUAUUAAGUGUACGAGUCUCUUGGAGAGCCUUUCAAAUCAAAUUAAACCCUAUGAAAGAGGCGAAAAUAAUCGAAUGAAUUGUAAAAAUUGUCCUCCAAGUAGUAUGCUCGGUAAGAUGAUUGAAUCGGAAUUAGCUAAAGUAUCCGAACAUAUUUAUGUGGAUGCUAAAUGGAAAAUAAUUCGUAUUCUUGAAGAGGCUCAAAAGAAAAGUUUGCGGGAGAAACAGGAUCAAUUGAUGUGAUUUAUU